UGUAAAAAUAUGGGAAUUACAACAAUAAUAGUAAGAAGUAGUGCGUCAGCCAACCCCCUAAUUACAAGAGCCUUUUAAUAGAUUUUGUGGUCAUAAUACUACGACAACUAGUACAGAAAAUUGAAGUGUGGUUAAAAAAGAAAUAAGUAGUACUAUAUUUUAAAGAGAGAGAAAAAUAAACUAGAAGUAGAAAGAUUGCCACAUCAUCAUCAUCCAAACUUGUCACAAACAUUUGGCGCUAGCUUUUUCUCUAGUAUCAGUUACAGCCUCUUCUUCUCCUCCAACUCAUAAUAUCCUCUACCCAAAAUUGUAGCAGCCAUGGGAGCUGGAGGAACCCUCUUCUGUUCUCAGAGUUGGAGUUUUGUAGUUUGUAAUUACACUCAAAAAAUUCAUGCCCAAAAUAAUCGAGCUUUGGCAUUGAAAUCAGUACUUGUACACAAAUUGACCAAUUUUACUAAUCAAGAUUCAAUUUUGAGAAAACCCCAGAAUCUUCCUGUUCUUCGACUUAAGGUUGUUACUAGAGCUGCUGAUUCCUCACAGCCAUCUUCCUCUGCUAUUACUUCCUCCGACAAAUCUAUUGUCCCCGAUAAAGAGUUUUCACUUGCCAAGGUUUCUUUUGGUGUUAUUGGACUUGGCCUUGGUGUUUCACUUCUCUCGUGAGUGUAUUUAAUUGAUCA